AAUAAUAAUAAUAAUAAUAAUAAUAAUAAUAAUAAUAAUAAUAAUAAUAAUAAUAAUAAUAAUAAUAAUAAUAAUAAUAAUAAUAAUAAUAAUAAUAAUAAUAAUAAUAAUAAUAAUAAUAAUAAUAAUAAUAAUAAUAAUAAUAAUAAUAAUAAUAAUAAUAAUAAUAAUAAUAAUAAUAAUAAUAAUAAUAAUAAUAAUAAUAAUAAUAAUAAUAAUAAUAAUAAUAAUAAUAAUAAUAAUAAUAAUAAUAAUAAUAAUAAUAAUAAUAAUAAUAAUAAUAAUAAUAAUAAUAAUAAUAAUAAUAAUAAUAAUAAUAAUAAUAAUAAUAAUAAUAAUAAUAAUAAUAAUAAUAAUAAUAAUAAUAAUAAUAAUAAUAAUAAUAAUAAUAAUAAUAAUAAUAAUAAUAAUAAUAAUAAUAAUAAUAAUAAUAAUAAUAAUAAUAAUAAUAAUAAUAAUAAUAAUAAUAAUAAUAAUAAUAAUAAUAAUAAUAAUAAUAAUAAUAAUAAUAAUAAUAAUAAUAAUAAUAAUAAUAAUAAUAAUAAUAAUAAUAAUAAUAAUAAUAAUAAUAAUAAUAAUAAUAAUAAUAAUAAUAAUAAUAAUAAUAAUAAUAAUAAUAAUAAUAAUAAUAAUAAUAAUAAUAAUAAUAAUAAUAAUAAUAAUAAUAAUAAUAAUAAUAAUAAUAAUAAUAAUAAUAAUAAUAAUAAUAAUAAUAAUAAUAAUAAUAAUAAUAAUAAUAAUAAUAAUAAUAAUAAUAAUAAUAAUAAUAAUAAUAAUAAUAAUAAUAAUAAUAAUAAUAAUAAUAAUAAUAAUAAUAAUAAUAAUAAUAAUAAUAAUAAUAAUAAUAAUAAUAAUAAUAAUAAUAAUAAUAAUAAUAAUAAUAAUAAUAAUAAUAAUAAUAAUAAUAAUAAUAAUAAUAAUAAUAAUAAUAAUAAUAAUAAUAAUAAUAAUAAUAAUAAUAAUAAUAAUAAUAAUAAUAAUAAUAAUAAUAAUAAUAAUAAUAAUAAUAAUAAUAAUAAUAAUAAUAAUAAUAAUAAUAAUAAUAAUAAUAAUAAUAAUAAUAAUAAUAAUAAUAAUAAUAAUAAUAAUAAUAAUAAUAAUAAUAAUAAUAAUAAUAAUAAUAAUAAUAAUAAUAAUAAUAAUAAUAAUAAUAAUAAUAAUAAUAAUAAUAAUAAUAAUAAUAAUAAUAAUAAUAAUAAUAAUAAUAAUAAUAAUAAUAAUAAUAAUAAUAAUAAUAAUAAUAAUAAUAAUAAUAAUAAUAAUAAUAAUAAUAAUAAUAAUAAUAAUAAUAAUAAUAAUAAUAAUAAUAAUAAUAAUAAUAAUAAUAAUAAUAAUAAUAAUAAUAAUAAUAAUAAUAAUAAUAAUAAUAAUAAUAAUAAUAAUAAUAAUAAUAAUAAUAAUAAUAAUAAUAAUAAUAAUAAUAAUAAUAAUAAUAAUAAUAAUAAUAAUAAUAAUAAUAAUAAUAAUAAUAAUAAUAAUAAUAAUAAUAAUAAUAAUAAUAAUAAUAAUAAUAAUAAUAAUAAUAAUAAUAAUAAUAAUAAUAAUAAUAAUAAUAAUAAUAAUAAUAAUAAUAAUAAU